GAUGAUCCCACCUGGGAAAGCGCUUUGUACUGCUGGGAUUAUAGUUGGGCUCCUGGCUUUCUUCUGGAGAGACACCUUUAACCCAGAGAAGAGCCGGGAAUGGGCGACAGAGGAUGGAUCGCUUGAUGAUUCCCUGUUCUGAUCAUUCCCUCUGGGGCACCUGGCAUUGGCUACUCUCAGAAGACAGGACACUGGGCUAGAUGGACCUUUGGCCUGACCCAGUAGGGCCAUUCUUAUGCCUGUGAAAGAAGCUGGGAUCAAGAAAGAGUCAACCUAGGUGUAUUUAUUAGUGGCCAUUGCUAUAUGCUAGGUAGAGGACAGGCAGUGUGGUCUAGUGGGUACUACACUGGACUGUAACUCAGGAGACCUGGGUUCUAUUCCCUUCUCUGCCACUGACCAGCUGUGUGACCUUGGGUAUGUCACUUUUCUUGUUUUGCUCUGUUCUCCCUCUUCCCAUUUUUUGUCUCUUUAGAUCAUAAUCUCUCUCAGUGCUUCAUUUCUCUAUCUGUAAACUGGGCAAGCCCUUUCGUUUUCAGUUUAAACCCGUUUUUACUGACAAAAUCCCAGGUUUUACAAAAAGUAUUAUUCCUUUUUUUCCGAUUUUCACCCUACUCUUGUAUUAUUCAAAUAUAUAAAAAUAACUGGUUUGAUUAGGGAAAUACAAUACACUGCAUGAGAUCUAUGUAUUAUGAUAAUACAUUAGUCUCUGUGUAUAUGCAAAGCUGCCUGUUGAAAUAAGACUAUGCAUUAGUCUAGAAGAUACACGCAAUAAACAAACAGGCCUGCACACAAUCUCUGAAGUGUGUGCGCAUCUGAAGGUACUGAUGAAUGUCACGCCCGCCACGUACACAUCUCCAGCUGUUAGCAGAUAACGGUUUAAAGAUUUGACACACUGAAAUGGGAAGAAAAUGAAAAUCUGUCACAGAAAACGUUUCAGAACACAAGGAAGUAUUCAAAAGUUUAAAAAAAAACAAAAACAGGGGAAAAGGAUGAAGUUGACUGUAUGUGCUGCAAAUGGUGUAUCCCAGUUAUUAAAUGUAAAUAUUUAUAGGCUAAUAGUUCUAAGUCUACAACAGUAAAACUGUUUAUUCAAAUGAACAGUUUUAUUUGGGGAUUAGAGAUCUACUGUUUUCGUAAACUCAGAGAGGUGUUUUGAGUUGUUUUAGUUCUGCAGCAAACCACAUUGAAUUCCAUUCAUCAAAGCAUUAAUCUACUGACUACUUUUUCCUCUGUCUUUCUGUCCACCAAAAUAAACCCUGAUAUUUACCCAGAAACAAUUAUUAAUAGUUUUUUCCACCAAUUUUCACCCGUUUUUGUUGAUGUAGAAAUAAACACAGAUCAAUUCCUGAGAAAAUAAAUAAAAUCAAAACUGAAAACAAAGGGCCCUAAAAAUAGGUGAUAACAGUGCUUGCUGUUUAUUUAGACUGUGAGCUCUUUGGGGCAGGGACUGUCCUCAAUAUGUGUACGUACAGCGCCUAGCACAGACUAACUCUGAUCUCAGUCGCUGUCGUACAGAUAAUAAGGAAAGAGGUACCACUGGUUGCCAGCAGGAGUGACCAGCUCCCAUCAGGUGCAUCCCCGGGUAGGGGAACAGAUAGGGGAACGUACUGCAGAUAUGCGGGACAGCUGCAAAUGCUCAGUGAGUGGUCACAGACCAACUGGUGACAUCUUUGCACAGGUGGGGUAGCGUAGCUGGUGGCACAGCUAUCUCUGUACAAUGCUACUUGGGCCCAAUGAUGAGGAUGUCCAGGUGAAUAAAGACCACUUUAAUAUAAGUCUUACUGGGGCAGAUGGGACUCUUCAGCCGUGUGAGGGAGCUCAGCUAAGAGAAGGGAAACGCCGAUUUCAAACCCAAGGCAUCAGGCAUGGAUAGCCAGGGACGGGUGUAAAGCCUGUGAAGACAUGCUCAUGGGAACUGAUAUCCAUGUUCAGUGUACCCCAGAGGGCUAAGGUGUUCCCUGCGAGCAGCACACAACAGCCUUCCUUGCGUGUUGUAACAGGGCAAGGAGCAAGUGAGUAAGCUGAGAUCUGCACGUUGGAAAGUAGGAACGCUGACUGGGCGAAGUUUGGAGCUAUGUCUGGUCUUAAAGGGGAGAAGAAUAAAUGUGACGUGUGCAAGAGACCAACUGGAAGGGUUGCAAAGCCAAGAUGCUGGCAGAGGGUUACAAAAUCCUCAGGGAGUUCAACAUCCUAAAACGGUAUUGGAGUUGUUCUGGAUGAAACCAUGCAGAAGCAUGUGUUAGAGGUUACCCGAAUGUCAGACGGACUGAUAUGCGUCAGACUGUUCUGGGAAGAGGUAACAAGCCAUAUAAUACGGGGGUAUUUACUAAAGUUAGGAGAGGAUCAAAGAGUAAAAGAGGAGUUUUUCAAUGAGUUGUUGUCCUUUAUUGGAAACGUACCAUCCAACGAGAAGAUAAUUAUCAGAGCAGAUCUAAAUGCGCAUGUUGGAACUGGAAAAACUGGAUAUGAAACUCCAUGGAGGGCAAAGAACUGGAAACAGAAACUCCAAGAGAGCACAAUCCUACAGACUUGUCUUGCGCUGGGCGUAGUGAUCGUAAACACACAUUUACAGAAGAGGGAAAGCCACCUUGUAACUUAUGCUGGUGGAGGAUACAAGUCCCAAAUGGAUUUCCUUUUAAUGAGAAGAAGCAACAGAUCAUGAAUAAUCAAUUGGAAGGUAAUACCCAGCAAAUGCAUUGUGAGACGGCACAGACUUCCCCUUAUGGACAUCAGAAUGCGGAGACUUUGGAAAUACCUGAACGCCUGGGCUCCAAAAAGUCCUACGUGUUGGAAACUUAAAGAUGGUAGUGAAAAAUCCUUCAAACAAGGAGAAAGGCGUAGACUUACUCACACAGGGAUGUGUGGAGGACGCCUGGUUCAAACUAAAGUCGGCUCUGCUGGAAACGGCACAUGAAGUCCUAGGAGUGACGAAACCAGUGGCAGAUAGGAUAAGAAGAGAGACUUGGUGGUUCAAUCCUCAAGUUCAAGAAUCCAUUGAGGGGGGAAAAAUAAGAUCACCUUCAAAAAAGGGCAGGCCAAUAGCUUGAGCGGUGAUAAGAUGGCAUCUUUUGAGGCAAAAAAGGAGGCUAACAGAAGUGUUUUGCAGCAGCUAAAUGUAUGGUCUGUGACAAACUAUGUAACUGACUAGGAGGACAUGAGGGAGGGAAGACCAUCUGUAGACUCACCAAGGCAAGAGAGAAGAUGAUGAGGGAUGUGAACAAGUUUGCUUACAUUAGAAAUGAAUAUGGCAUAUUGCUAAUGAAUGGGGAAUCAAUCAACAAAGUUUGGAGUGAUUAUUUUGCAAGAGUGAUGAAUGAGGAAUUAAGGACAUGUAAGCCGAACUUGGAUGUGAUAAAUUACAUAGAAUCAUAGAAUUGUAGGACUGGAAGGGACCUCGAGAGGUCUUCUAGUCCAGUCCCCUGCACUCAGGGCAGGACUAGAAGGCAUAAAUGAAGAAGUUGAAGAGGCACUUAGGAAAAUUAAAUAGGAGAAAGCAUCUGGCCCAAAUGAAGCAUCAGUGGAUGCGGUGAAGUCCUUGAGAAGCAAAGGCAUCAAGUUUUUUACAAGUUUGUUCCAUGAUAUUCUUAAGAAAGAGAAAAUGCCAGAUGAGUGGCAUAAAAGCUUGGAUGUGCCUACUUUUAAACACAAAGGAGCUAUUACACGUUGUGUUAAUGAUCUCCCAAUUAAGCUGAUGUCACAAGCUAUGGAAGUAGUGCGGGAGAAGAUUAUUGAAAAGUGUCUGUGUGGGAUGGUUGAUAUCUGGAAUGGUCUCUUGCCAUAUUUUCUAUCUUUUCUACGCAGUGGGAUAGUUUCCAAUCUUGAGCGCUCCCUGCAUCAGUAAUUGUAAUUCCUCUCAUUCUUCUUUCACUAACACUUUCUUCUUGUGCUCUCUCCCCCUCCCCACCCCUUAAGACAGCAUCUCUGGUGCCCGAGUUCUCCUGACCGGAGCCAGCACUGGGAUCGGAGAGCAGAUGGCAUAUCAUUACUCCAGGUUUGGUGCUGAAAUAGUUCUGACUGCCAGGAGGGAAACCCUGCUGCAGAAAGUGACGGAGAAAUGCCUGCAGCUGGGAGCAAAGAAAGUCUUUUACAUCCAGGCCGAUAUGUCUUCCCCUCAAGCCCCAGAAAAGGUGGUGCAGUUUGCUUUGCAAAACCUGGGGGGACUGGAUCACCUGGUGCUGAACCACAUUGGCGGGACCCCUUUCCAGAUGUGGGAUGGAGACGUGGAACACACCCGCUGGCUCAUGCAGGUGAAUUUCCUGAGUUACGUGGCCUUGGCAUCUGCAGCUCUUCCCAUCUUGGCUGAGAGUAAAGGAUCUCUGAUUGUGGUUUCUUCCCUCACAGGGAAAAUCUCAACUCCCUUCGCAACCUCUUACUCCGCCACCAAGUUCGCUCUGGACGGAUUCUUUAGCUCCCUGCGCCAUGAGCUCGCCAUGCAGAAGCAAGAUGUGUGCAUCACCCUCUGCAUCUUGGGGCUGAUCGACACCGAAAUGGCUUUGGAGAAGACGAGGGGCAAGGUGUACAUGAGCGCCUAUUCCGCUGCUGAAGCCGCGCUGACCAUCAUCAAAGGCGGAGCCACCAGGGCACAGGAGGUGUUCUACCCCUGGUGGCUGGAGCUGCUGUGCCACCUGCGGGAUUGGUUCCCCAACCAGAGGGAUGUCGUUAUACAGAGCUUCUAUAACUACACCAGCGCCUGAGGGAUGCAGAGCUGCCAUUCCCUUCGCCCUGCAGAUACAGGCGCAAGGCCCUCGCCUCCUGCUGAGGUCAAGCUCAGCCAUUGGCUUCAGUGCGAGCAGCGUUUGGAUCUGGAACAAAAAAUGUCAGGAAAUCAUUGGCUAAGGGUCCAGUAGCAACCUUAUCUCUCACCCCUCCUCUGUCCCCAUCAACCUUAACUUUGACCCGUCCUCUGUCCCCAUCAACCUUAGCUCUGACCCCUCCUUUGUCCCCAUCAACCUUAGCUCUGAUCCCUCCUCCAUCCAUAUCAAUGUCUGACCCUUCCUUCCUCCCCAUCAACCAGUCUCUGACCCUUCUUCCAUCACCAUCGACCUUAGCUCUGAUCCCUCCUCUGUCACCAUCAACCUUAACUCUGACCCCUCCUCUGUCCCCAUCAACCUUAGCUCUGAUCCCUCCUCUGUCCAUAUCAAUGUCUGACCCUUCCUUCCUCCCCAUCAACCAGUCUCUAACCCUUCUUCCAUCACCAUCAACCUUAGCUCUGAUCCCUUCUCUGUCCCCAUCAACCUUAACUCCGACCCCCCCUCCAUCCUUUUGAACAUCAGACUACUCCUCCCUUCCCAUCAACCUUAACUCUGACCCCUACUCUGUCCCCAUCAGCCAUAACACUUUACCCGUUCUGCUCCCUGUUUAUAUUCCAUGCAUGCUCCAAAGACCUUACACAGUCGUCUGACCGACGCUGCCUCAGCUUCUCAUACCCCUGCCCCUUGCCGCGUUGACUCCAGCUUCUGCGGCCUCACCCAUCCAUUCAUAUGGGCUGGAGUCUCCCCUUUGCCCCAGCCCACGAUGUCCCAGGGCUAGGGAUAAAGACUCCCCAUUUCUCCGAUGCAGGAUAGAAACCAUCCUCCCAGCUGUGUCACCCCCACCUCAAAGACAAUCCCCCCUCCUCCGUAGGAGACAGACCUUCCCAGUGGGGUAAAGCCUGGAGUCCCUCCCACCCCGUUCCAAGGGCUCAGGGCCCUGGGAUUGGCGAGCAGGGGGCUUGGACACCUUUCCGGAGGGACAUAUGUUCACCAUAAAAGAUGGACGAUGGCCCCUUCCUCAACCCCAGGCCAGCUCCAUUCAGCCUCUUCUCCCCUUCCCUUCUUGGCCAAUAAGACAUGGGUGCUAGCCCAGAAGUCCCCCUUGUGUGCGAGUCAGGGGGUUCCCCCAGCUAUCACUGAGCAAGGAGAAAGUGGGGUGCUCCGCUCGGGGAUGGGGGGAUUUGCUUGGAGGUCUCUCCCCUGCCUGGUUGGCCAGAGCAACAGGCAGAGACAAUGCUCCCAGCUCCUGCCGCCUGCUGGCUGGUAAUGAAAGGGAAUGCAGAAGAACCAGUAUGCGCCCAACAUGUGACCACAUCCUACCGGCCGGGUCCAGGGUUCAGCCAGCACGCCCUUCCCAGCUGUGCUCUAAGCUCCUUACCCAAACGCAGGUGGAGUCAACGGGAUCAGGACCCAGUGGCCUGAUUGUCACCAGCACCAGCCACCAUAGGCGCCAACUUGCCCCGGCACUGGUGGGAGCUUGCGCCCCCCUGCCCCCAGCCCCACCCUGACUCCACCCUUGCACCGUCCUGCCCCCAUUCCAACCCCUUCCCCAAAGUCCCCACCCCAACUUCACCCCCUCCCUGCCCCUAUUGGACCCCUUCCCCAAAUCCCCACCCGGGCCCCGCCUCUUCCCCCAGCGCGCUGCGUUCCCCCCCUCCCUCCCUCCCAGCCACGUGAAUCAGCUGUUUCGCGAUGUACGCGCUGGGAGCUAGGGAGAAAAAGCGGGCAUGUGGCGUGCUCAGGGGAGGAGGCGGAGCGGAGGUGAGCUGGGCGCGGGGCGGGGAGCUGCCGGUGGGUGCACCCACCAAUUUUUCCCUAUUGGGAAGGGGAGGAGUCGGCGCCUAUGCCAGCCACCCCCAGCUGCUAUGGAAUCCAGUGGAUUUUGUGGGUGCUCCGCCCUUCUGAAAAUCAGGCUAUAUUGAGACCUGUGCAAAGCUAAUUUGAAUGGGGCGAGGCAGCUUGGCCACCACAAGGUGGCGGCAGUUAGCAGUAAUUAGCAGCACUGAACCCAUGCUGUGGCCAAGGACAGUUCCGUGGCUCUCACCAGGGCCCGGGGCUGAAUACCAUUCAAGAAAACUCAAGGAAUUCACGUUGUGCUUCUAGUCUGGCAGUGAACUGGGCCGCAGAGGGGUCUAACCCUCAGACCAGUGCUGGGUCUGGUGUUUAGUAUCAGGGGGUAGCCGUGUUAGUCUGUAUCUACAAAAACAACAAGGAUAGCUAUGCAUCCGAAGAAGUGAGGUUUUUACUCACGAAAGCUUAUGCCCAAAUAAAUCUGUUAGUCUUUAAGGUGCCACCAGACUCCUUGUUGGUCUGGUGUUUGUAACUCAGGUAACUGACAAUGCACAAGUAACGGUCGUGCAAUAAACGAGUUGUUCCCAUGG